AUGGCUGCCAAUAGGCUGACGACUGCGCCUCAGCUAACAUUGUCGUCGCCUCCACCACAGCUCAUGGCUACCAAUAGGCUGACGACUGCGCCUCAGUCAACAUUGUCGUCGCCUCCACCACAGCUCACAGCCACCAAGAGGCUGAUGACUGUGCCCCAGCUAACAUCUUCACCGCCUCCACCACAGCUCACGGCCACCAAGAGGCUGAUGACUGUGCCCCAGCUAACUUUGUCGCUGCCUCCACCACAACUUACCACCACCAAGAGGCUGAUGACUGCGCCCCAGCUAACAUCGUCGCCACCUCCACCACAGCUCACGGCCACCAAAAGGCUGACCACUGCACCCCAGCUAAAAUCGUCGCCACCUCCACCACAGCUCACGGCCACCAAGAGACUGACGACUGCGCCCCAGCUAACAUCGUUGCCACCUCCACCCCAGCUCAUGGCCACCAAUAGGCUGACGACUGUGCCCCAGCUAACAUCGUUGCCGCCUUCACCACAUCUCACGGCCAUCAAUAGGUUGACAUCUGCGCCACAGCUAACAUCGUCACCGCCUCCACCACAGUUCACGGCCACCAAGAGGCUGACAACUGUGCCCCAGCUUCCAUCUGCCGCCUUCACCACAACUUAUCACCACCACCAUCAAGAAAAGGUCAAUGAGGGAACCCCAUCUGCUGUCAUCACCACCUUCACUGGUUGA